AUGCAGAUAAUGUUGGGAAACCAAACAGAAGUCGUGGAAUUUGUAAUACUUGGGUUUUCAGAUCUUCAUCUGUUUCAGAUACCAGUCUUCUUGCUGUUCACCAUGAUUUACAUAGCAACAGUAGCUGGAAAUAUUCUCCUAAUCGUCUUGGUAUUAUUUAGCCAUCCUCUACAUAGUCCUAUGUAUUUCUUCCUCAGUCAUCUUUCAGCAUGUGACGUUUUAAUCAGCACAAAUGUUGUCCCCAACGCACUCCAGACUUUACUAAAUGGCUUCACCUAUAUGUCAGUUCACAGAUGCUUUGUCCAAUUGUAUUUUUUUGGUGCUUCAGCAAUCAUAGAAUGUUGUCUCCUCUCUGUGAUGUCCUACGAUCGGUAUUUGGCCAUCUGUAACCCGUUGCGCUAUUCCUCAAUCAUGGCUUUCCGUCUUCAUUAUUAUCUUGCUACAUGGUCUUGGUCAAUGGGUUUUAUGGUGGCAAUUAUCACCAUUUUCCUUCUGCUUGAAGUAAAAUUUUGUGGUCCGAACGUCAUUGACCAUUUCUUUUGCGACCUUUCUCCUCUGUUGGGGAUCUCCUGUUCAGAUUCAUCUGCUGUGGAAAUAGCUGUGUCCUUAGUGGCUGGGAUAGUAGGCCUCUUACAGUUUUUGUUCGUUUUUGUUACUUACAUUUGCAUCUUCAAUGCCAUCCUCCGAAUUUCAACCGAAUCUGGGAGAAAGAGGGCCUUUUCCACCUGCAGUGCUCAUUUGUCUGUUGUAUGCACGUAUUAUGGAUCACUUAUUUCUGUUAAUAUAGUACCAUCCAAAGGGUACUCUUUAAAUAUAAAGAAAGCUUUAUCAGUUCUAAACACUGUGUUGACCCCGUUAUUUAACCCCAUCAUCUACAGCUUGAGGAACAAAGACAUACAGGAAGCCCUACGCCAAGUCAUGUUUUCAAGAAGACAUUUAAAAAAGAGUUAACAUUCAGUUAUAAGAUAUAACUCAAGCUAAAUAUUUUAUUCAUAUGUACUUAAUGGAUCUUUUUAAAGUUCUAAAGUAAUGUUUUUUAUAUAAAGUGAUUGUUGACAAAUAAUAAUUUUAGGGUGGAGCGAU